CUGACCCCAGAUUCCCUUCCAGACCCUCAGCCCCUUAAGUGGAGGCCCCGCCCCGUGCGCAGUGACGUCGGACGCCGCUGUCAGCCGGCGCUGGGGGGGGGGUCGGUGUGGGGUAGAAUGGCCGCUGCCGCCGUCACCCGCGGGACCCCGGGAGCACAGACUCCCCCUCCCCCCGGCCCCUCAGGCCGGGGGUGACCUUACCCCCUGGAGCCCUCACCAUGAAUUCCAAGGACACCACUGAGGUUGCUGAGAACAGCCACCACCUGAAGAUCUUUCUCCCCAAGAAGCUGCUGGAGUGUCUUCCUCGCUGUCCGCUGCUGCCCCCAGAGCGGCUACGGUGGAAUACAAAUGAGGAGAUUGCAUCCUACUUGAUCACCUUUGAGAAGCAUGAUGAGUGGCUAUCCUGUGCCCCAAAGACAAGGCCUCAGAAUGGCUCCAUCAUCCUCUACAACCGCAAGAAGGUGAAAUACCGGAAGGAUGGUUACCUCUGGAAGAAACGGAAAGAUGGGAAGACUACCCGUGAGGACCACAUGAAGCUGAAGGUCCAGGGCAUGGAGCCUAUCUCCUGGCAGUGUCUCUAUGGCUGCUACGUUCACUCUUCCAUCGUCCCCACAUUCCAUCGGCGCUGCUACUGGCUGCUCCAGAACCCUGACAUCGUCCUUGUGCACUACCUGAACGUCCCAGCCCUGGAGGACUGUGGAAAGGGCUGCAGUCCCAUCUUCUGUUCCAUCAGCAGCGACCGUCGAGAGUGGCUGAAGUGGUCCCGGGAGGAGCUGUUGGGACAGCUAAAGCCCAUGUUUCAUGGCAUCAAGUGGAGCUGUGGGAACGGGGCAGAGGAGUUCUCUGUAGAACACCUGGUGCAGCAGAUCCUGGACACCCACCCGACCAAGCCUGCACCCCGAACCCAUGCCUGUCUCUGCAGUGGGGGCCUUGGUUCUGGGAGCCUUACCCACAAAUGUAGCAGCACGAAACAUCGCAUCAUCUCCCCCAAAGUGGAGCCCCGAGCUUUAACCCUGACCUCCAUCCCCCAUACCCACCCCCCUGAGCCACCUCCACUGAUAGCCCCACUUCCCCCAGAGCUCCCCAAGGCACAUACCUCCCCAUCUUCCUCCUCCUCCUCCUCUUCCUCUUCGUCAGGCUUUGCUGAACCCCUAGAGAUCAGACCUAGCCCUCCCACCUCUCGAGGGGGCUCGUCCAGAGGGGGCACUGCCAUCCUCCUCUUGACGGGAGUGGAGCAGCAAACUGGAGGCUUGACGCCCACCAGGCACUUGGCUCCCCAGGCUGAUCCUAGGCCUCCCGUGAGCUUGGCAGUGGUCGUCGGCUCUGAGCCCUCUGCCCCCCCAGCUCCUCCCAGUCCUGCCUUUGACCCUGAUCGUUUUCUCAACAGCCCCCAGAGGGGCCAGACAUACGGAGGGGGACAGGGGGUAAGCCCAGACUUCCCCGAGGCAGAAGCUGCCCACACCCCCUGUCCUGCCCUAGAGCCUGCUGCGGCCCUGGAGCCCCAGGCAGCUGCUCGGGGUCCCCCUCCACCAUCGGGAGCAGGUGGGAGAAGAGGAAACUGCUUCUUUAUCGAAGAUGAUGAUGGUGGGGAGGAGCUCAAGGCCCAGGGGGCUGCCCCACCUGCCCCUUCACCCCCUCCUUCACCUCCACCCUCCCCUGCCUCCUUGGAGCCAUCGGGCAGGGUAGGAAGAGGGGAAGCCUUGUUCGGAGGACCUGGUGGGGCCAGCGAACUGGAGCCCUUCAGUCUUUCGUCAUUCCCAGACCUCAUGGGAGAACUCAUCAGCGACGACGCGCCAAGCAUCCCUACCCCAGCCCCACAGCUGUCUCCUGCCCUUAGCACCAUCACAGACUUCUCCCCUGAGUGGUCCUACCCAGAGGGUGGGGUCAAGGUGCUCAUCACCGGUCCUUGGACGGAGACCUCCGAGCAUUACUCCUGCGUCUUUGAUCACAUCGCAGUGCCAGCCUCACUCGUCCAGCCUGGUGUCUUACGCUGCUACUGUCCUGCCCAUGAGGUAGGGCUGGUGUCUUUGCAGGUGGCAGGGCGGGAGGGGCCCCUCUCUACUUCUGUGCUCUUUGAGUAUCGAGCCCGGCGUUUCCUGUCUCUGCCUAGUACUCAGCUCGACUGGUUGUCCCUGGAUGACAACCAGUUCCGCAUGUCCAUCCUGGAGCGACUGGAGCAGAUGGAGAAGCGGAUGGCAGAGAUCGCAGCAGCCGGGCAGGCACCGUGCCAGGGUCCUGAGGCUCCCCCAAUUCAGGAUGAAGGCCAGGGGCCCGGGUUCGAGGCCCGGGUGGUGGUCCUGGUAGAGAGCAUGAUCCCACGCUCCACCUGGAGGGGUCCUGAACGUCUGGCCCACGGAAGCCCCUUCCGGGGCAUGAGCCUCCUGCACCUGGCCGCCGCCCAGGGCUACGCCCGCCUCAUCGAGACCCUGAGCCAGUGGCGGAGUGUGGAGACCGGAAGCUUGGACUUAGAGCAAGAGGUUGACCCGCUCAAUGUGGACCAUUUCUCUUGUACCCCGCUGAUGUGGGCUUGUGCCCUGGGACACCUGGAAGCGGCUGUGCUCCUUUUCCGCUGGAACCGGCAGGCCCUGAGCAUUCCCGACUCUCUGGGCCGUCUCCCCCUCUCCGUGGCUCAUUCCCGGGGCCACGUGCGCCUUGCCCGCUGCCUUGAGGAACUGCAGAGACAGGAGGCCUCUGCUGAGCCCCCAGUGGCCCUAUCGCCACUGUCCUCCAGCCCAGACACAGGCCUGAGCAGUGUCUCUUCGCCCUCGGAGCUGUCGGAUGGCACGUUCUCCGUCACCUCGGCCUAUUCUAGCGCCCUGGAUGGCAGCCCUCCCCCUGCUCCUCUGCCACCCUCUGAGAUUACUAUGGAAGAGGUGGUCCCAGGCCGGCUCUCCUCUAGUGCCCCAGAGGCCCCCCUCCUCCUCAUGGACUACGAGGCCACCAAUCUCAAAAGGCCCCCACCCUCAUCUCCUCCUCUCCCGGCAGCCUCAGAUGGUGGGGCUGCUGCAGAGGAAGCUGACAGCCCACCAGCCGUGGAUGUGAUCCCGGUGGACAUGAUCUCUCUGGCCAAGCAGAUCAUCGAAGCCACUCCAGAGCGGAUUAAACGAGAGGACUUUGUGGGACUGCCUGAGGCCGGAGCCCCACUGCGGGAGCGGACGGGGGCCGUGGGGCUCAGCGAGACCAUGUCCUGGCUGGCCAGCUACCUGGAGAACGUGGACCAUUUCCCAGGCUCAGCCCCUCCCAGUGAACUGCCCUUUGAGCGGGGUCGCCCGGCUGUCCCACCAGCACCUUCCUGGGCCGAGUUCCUCUCUGCAUCUGCCAGUGGCAAGAUGGAGAGUGAUUUUGCCCUGCUGACACUGUCAGAUCAUGAGCAGCGGGAACUGUACGAGGCAGCCCGAGUCAUCCAGACGGCCUUCCGGAAGUAUAAGGGCCGGCGGCUGAAGGAGCAACAGGAGGUAGCAGCAGCUGUGAUCCAGCGCUGUUACCGGAAGUAUAAGCAGCUGACCUGGAUUGCACUUAAGUUCGCACUCUAUAAGAAGAUGACCCAGGCGGCCAUCCUGAUCCAGAGCAAGUUCCGAAGCUACUAUGAGCAGAAGCGAUUUCAGCAGAGCCGCCGAGCAGCCGUGCUCAUCCAGCAGCACUACCGCUCCUACCGCCGCCGGCCCGCGGGCACCCUGCCUGCCCGCAACAAAGGCUCCUUUCUCACCAAGAAGCAGGACCAGGCAGCCCGGAAGAUCAUGAGAUUCCUGCGGCGCUGCCGACACAGGAUGAGGGAACUGAAGCAGAAUCAGGAGCUGGAAGGACUUCCCCAACCUGGACUGGCCACCUGACCUCUCCACGGCCUUCCUCACCACUGAGGGGCUUCUCGCAGUCUUAACCGGGAGAGGCUUUCUGGGGGAGGGCGAGCCCCCAGGCGGCAGCUUUCCCCUUCACCUCCUCCCCUCUCCGAAGUGCUGAACUCCGUCUCCCGAAGCCCCGCUCCUCACACCCCGCCUCUUCCCUCUUGGUCGUGCCCUCUCUCUCUCGGUCCGUGGCUCCAGAAGACCCACGGCCCACACACCUGCAUCUUCAGCUGUGAUCCGCGGAGCCCGCCCUGCCUGCACCGGACUCGGCCCCUUCCCGACUUGCCUUAUUUAUUUGUUCGACGCGUCUCUGAAUGUAGCCGCCUGGGUCUCCCCUCUGCCUUCGCUGCGCGCGCGCGUCGUGUUUCAGGGCUGACCGCGCCCCCGCCCCGACUCCGCAUGUUGGCGUCUGUUUCCCUCCCUCAGCCCCUGUUGUCCCGCGUCACCCCGAGUCUGGCCACCAACCUGGUGGCCAAAGGGGAGGGGGUGUGUAUAGGAACGCACAGCGGAGUCCCGCCCCGUCCCCCGAGGGGAGGGGGCUUGUACAUAAUGUAACAUACAGAGUAUAGUGAAGAAUCUAUUUAAGGCGCCGCGGGGAGGGCUGCACGGCCGGGCUUGUGGUUCCCUGUCGCGGGGUGGGCCUCCUGCCGGCUCCACGAGCACUUUCUACGUGUGCAUGGGCUUGGUUUAUAAGAAUUGCCAUUAAACAUCGCUGCACCA